CUCACUGGUGCCCAUGAUCCAAGAAAAUUGGUUCCCAAGAAGAGGAAGGAGACUGUUCGGUUACGUUUCAGCAAAGUUUUAUUUCUGUUUACAAAUUUUGACUUGUUUAUACAUAUCUUUUGAAUAAGAAAAUUAAGUGUUGAUAAACUUGCAUGCAGAAUUAGUAACAGAAUGACAGGGCAGAGAUUGCAGGUAGAUUAUAUAAUAAAUUUUACUAGAAUUCAUUAUUAACUGUACGAAGCCAUUGAUGUUUCGACAUCAAAAUUUCAAUCACAAAUGAGCUUUUGUAAUAAUUCUGGUACGCCAGGAACAGUCGUGAAAUUUAAUCCAGUUUAUGCAGAUGAGACAUUGGACAAUAAAUUUGGAGUCUCUAAAACAGUAAAAACCGUACAAUUUUGUAUAACUUUUAUGAAGGAGUAUGAAACAAAAUCUCUAGAAGAAUUGCGAUUUGAAGAUUACACAUUAGGCCGAAAAGGGCCACAAGUUCAGAUAACUGGAUUGUUUUCUGCUAAAACUCAACCUUCAUGCUUUGGCAGUUUUUCAUCAAAGUCAAUCCGAGUUACUCCUAAUUUUGCGUCGACAUCUUGUGAAUUUGAAAUGACGAGCCAGUCUAGAGAAGUUGGUAUAUUUAGCAAUCCAGAUACAGGAUUUUGCGAAGUGACAACAACUAAUACGUUCGGAUUGAACUAUAAUACUCCUCCCAAUAUUUUCAGUACUGGUAGUCCAACUAAACCUUUGGAAACAGCAUUAGCAAGUCAUCCUACAUACGCAGCAACGAUACCAUUUUCAACGCAAUCAUCCUCCGGAGGUUUUAGGAAUGCGAACGCAGUACUAGAUUUCUUCGGUAAUCAUCAACCCACAACAAGCCCUUUUGGCAAAUUUCAAAAAACGCCUUUCGCUCAAAGUGAAAUUUCCAACAAUUCUAACUUGAUAGGUUCAUCUGGAACAGUCAUAAAGUUCAUUCCAGUCACAGGAGUUGACACAAUGAUUAAGUUCGGAGCGACUCAAAUUGUAUCAACCCGGCAUCAUUGCAUAACUUGCAUGCAAGAAUAUGAGUCGCAAUCCUUAGAAGAAUUGCGUCUUGAAGAUUACGCAGUUGGGCGAAAAGGGACGCCAAAUCAAGGAACUAGAUUCUUCGAGGCUCCAGAUCAACCUUCACUUUUUGGAGUCGUUGCCGCUGGAAGAAGUGUUGAGACUCCACGUUUAGGAUCAAAAUCUUGGGGAUUUGAAACGAAAACCGAACCAGGAGGAACUUGUCUCUUCAAUAAACCAAUCACAUGCUUCAGUGCACCAACAACAACGACUUGCGGUGUCCCAUUUAAUUCCACGACUUCUUCAAACCUUUUCGGCGCUAACACGCAAGCGAAAUCAUUUAUUGCGGCUGCACCAGCUAAUGUUCCAGCAGCUGAAACUGGAUUCGAAAAGACUCAGAAUACUUCUUUUGGAACAGCGCACGUAAAUCAUAAUAUUGGAUUAUUCAAUCCAAAGGAAUCUACCUUUGCUUCGCCAGAUCUCUGCUUUAAUACAAACAUUGAAAUAAAUAAAGAAGAAGCCGCCUCGAUUUUACCAUUUUCUUCGAGUAAUGAAUUCGGUGGAUUUCAAUACACCUUAACUACGAAUACAACAAGUGUCUCCGAUGCGAAACCUCCAGGAACAAUUGCUGGUGGAAACACAAACUGCGCAGUUUCUUCCACAUCUAUUAUGUCCAUUAAUGCCAAUACUGAAAUUGUAACGCAUGCAGAACAACUAAUUGUAAAAGAUGAUAAAAUUCAACAACUGACUAACGAGUUAGAUUCCUUAAAAUUGGAUUUGAAACAUGUUAAGGACGAAUUAAAAAGCUCUCCUUCGAAGGGAAGAAAACGAGUUAUUAUUCAGAGAGAAAAAGAAAAGGAUAAGCUACUCAAUGAGGAACAGCAGAAGAAUAAAAGACUGAUGGCUGAGAUCAAAAAUCUGAAAGAGCAAAAUAAUAGUUUAGUGAAUUUAAACAUCGAAUUGCAAAAGGCGAUGUUGAAUCGCACGGCCAGACGCCAAGGUACGUUAAAAUAUCUACUAAGGGAAAAUAGUAUCGCCGAUGGCAAUGGAGAUAUUAACCGAAAAGAAAAUAAUGACGGAGAAAAAAUUUCGAAUUCGUUACAUGAAAUGUCUUUCUCAGAUAACAUGAAUAGUAUCGAUUGUGCUAAUGGAUGCGAUAAAAAAGAAACAUUUGAUGACAAAGAAACUCCUGACAUUAAAAAGAGCUUGCUUGUUGUGGAACAAUCGCCAAAGUUUACUAUAACUGUCGAGGAUGAUUAUGCAGGACCAAGACUGGAAGAUGGAAAGGUGACUUUCAAAUUCAUGGAAGAAUUAGUGAAGUAUUACAAAAAACAAGGAAAGCUUCAUCGCAAUUACGCUUGCAAGAUUCUUUUGGAUGCGAAAACUUUAUUUGAAUCGCAACCAACUUUAGUAGAUGUCGAGAUUCCUGAGAAUGGUAAAUUCACGAUCGUUGGUGACAUACAUGGACAAUUCUUCGAUCUUCUCAAUAUAUUUGAGAUCAAUGGGUUCCCAUCAGAAACCAAUCNNNAGCUAUUUAACGGAGACGUCGUUGAUCGUGGUUCCUUUUCGAUAGAGUGUAUAUUUACCCUUUUUGGAUAUAAACUCUUGUACCCAAAUCACUUCUUCAUUGCCAGAGGAAAUCACGAAUCAGCUUCAAUGAAUGAAAAGUAUGGAUUUGAGGAUGAAGUGAAGUCAAAGUACACUUCUUCAAUGGUUUCCUUGUUCACUCAAGUUUUCAACUGGUUGCCUUUAGCUCACUGUAUCAACAGCAAAGUUUUUGUAAUGCAUGGUGGACUUUUCUCGAAAGACGACGUGACUUUGGAUGAAAUUCGGAAAAUCGACAGGAACAGACAGCCACCAGAUAUGGGAAUCAUGUGCGAAUUGUUGUGGUCAGAUCCACAAUCAGAACUAGGCAGAGGACUCAGCAAACGCGGCGGAAAACGUGGUCUUCAAUUCGGACCCGACGUUACUAAAAAAUUUCUCGAAAAAAAUAAUCUUGACUACAUUGUCAGGAGUCAUGAGUACAAAGAGAAUGGAUUCGAUGUGUGUCACGACGGAAAAUGCAUCACUGUUUUUUCAGCUCCAAACUAUUGUGAUACAAUGGGAAACCAAGGGGCCAUCAUGAUUCUUAAUGGAAAAGACAUGACAUCUGAAUUUAAAUCUUUCGAAGCAGUUCCACAUCCGAUCGCAAUGCCAAUAAUAUCACAACCAAAAAUAAGGUCAACGGCGGCAUUUUGGAUUCCAUGCAGAGAUAUAAACUGAAAAACUUGGAGCGUUCUGGGUUUAAAAUUAAUAUAAUAGAAUAUUAUAAAGGUAGGAGUGUGCAAAAAGCUCGAAACUGCGAGUCGACUUCGGGUUUACUCGAAUAAAAAUCAAAAGUUUUUCAAUUUUUGCAUUCAAAACCUUUUAGGAACUUGAAACUUUGGGGUUUUUCAGAAAGCUCAACUCGGUUCGAUUCGACUAAUUCGAACUUCGAGUUUUAGGCACACAUCUAUUUAAAGGCAAAGUGAGAUUAUAGAACUGAUUAUUAUUAUUAUUAUGUCUUUAUUAUAUAUGAAGCGAUUUAUUAUAUUGUUUAAUAUUCUCACUGGAUUCACACAUCGAGUGUGAUUUUUUUUUAUAUAUUGAGAAUCUAUAUCAUAGAUUUUAAGGUGUACGUAUUAGCUUGUUUUUUAAAUAACCAACGACGAUAUUAAUACCGUUUUUAUAUAUUACUAUAUCUGAAUCUCUUUACGCGACAUACUGUGAGCUAAUUUUCUAUACAAGUUUAGUGUUAACAAUUUUGAUAUAAUUUUUGGUCAUGUUAAUAAAUAAUAAAGGACGUUUAUUAUGAGA